CCCCCAGCUUUCACCUGUUCCGCGUGCGCGUUCUGUUCCUUCGCGUGUACCUGUGAGGAUCUUUCUGUCUCUGUCUCUGCAUCUCUCUCGAGGAUGAUCGCGCGCGCCCUGCUGCCGUUAGUGCUACUGUUGCUCGCGCCGGCCGCUCGCGCCGAGCCGGCGUUCCGCUGCCCGAGCUGCAGCGCUGAGCGCCAGGCGGCGUGUCCCGCGCUCGCAGAGCCCUGCGCUGAGAUGGUGCGCGAGCCGGGCUGCGGCUGUUGCCCGGUGUGCGCGCGGCAGCAGGGCGAGCCGUGCGGGGUGUACACGCCGCGCUGCUCCAGCGGACUACGCUGCUACCCGCCGCCCGAUUCUGAGCUGCCGCUCGAGCAGCUCGUGCAGGGACGCGGGCGGUGCGCGCGCAAGGUGGACACAGAGCCCGCGGGGAGCGCCGAGCUGAGCGGCGAGGUGGUGGAGCCUGUGGAAGUGGGCCAGACUGAGGUACCUCCGAUAAGGAAGCCCACGAAAGACAGCCACUGGAUCGGGCCUAAGGAGAGCGCUGUCAUUCAUCACCGCCAGCAGCUGAAAACCAAGAUGAAGUACAAAGGGGACGAGCCUAAAGUGCCACGUGCCAAGCCGAGUCAGUGUCAGCAGGAGCUGGACCAGGUGCUGGAGAGGAUCACCAAAAUGCCCUUCAGAGAUAAUCGUGGCCCUCUAGAGGACCUCUACUCUCUGCACAUACCUAACUGUGACAAGAAGGGGCAGUACAACCCAAAACAGUGCAAGAUGUCAGUGAAUGGACACCGAGGUGAGUGCUGGUGUGUGAACCCUCACACAGGCAGACCAAUCCCCACCUCCCCGCUGGUGAGAGGGGACCCAAACUGCAGCCAGUACCUUGAUACCCUAGAGGUGGAGCCCCCGCCGGUACCCCAAAUCUAAACCAGCCCCGAAUCCCGAACACCUACCGCAAUACCUACGCCAAGAGCCGAGGUCCAAGAGGACCCUGAAGAGUCAGUGUUUUUAACCCCUUAAACAAGCUACCGAUAUACUUUGUGUGUAUGUAUGUGUGUGUUUGUGAUUUUUUUUUGUUAUUAUUUGUAGAAUUGGCAUAGAAUGCAAUGUAAGCAGCAUCAGUGUCGAAUGAAUCCCAGCAUAUGAUGGGAGGUUACGAUGGGUGUUACAGAAGACUUGACACAAACAUGCAUGGAAGCUGUUUUUUUUUUAUCAUUCCAGGUUUUAAAUGUUGAUUCCAUGGGACUGUAAAGUUACAGUCAACUCUCCUCCACACCUUUGAAUGGACUACGGGCAAACUUGAUGUGUUAGAAUGUGUAGUUCUCUCUCUUUGGUGCUAUUCUUCGUAUUUUAAAAACAUUCACCUGCCAUAAUGACUCAUACUCUACUGGAAAUGCUAAGAAAAGGGUAUUUACAGUAUAUUCAAGUAGGGCUGCAAGUUAUGGACAAAUAUAAUGCAAUAACUUUGCUACUUUUUGCAAUUGGAGUACAGUGAGUGAAUAUGGAGGGAGCAGGACACAACAAAUUUUGUUUUAAACUAAAUAAUUUUUUACUAUUAUUAUUAUUAUUAUUAUUUUACACAGGGAACUUACACCUGUUUCCUACAAAUUACAAUAUAGGCUUUGUUUCAAUUACCUACCAUUUGUGAACAUUGCAGCUGAAAGUGGCAUAAGGUCCAGUGUUAGAACUGACCACAUAGAUGGGGUUAAUUGUAAUAAACUGAGAGGCAAGUCACUAGAACAGCCUGGUAAUUUGAUGCAAACGCCGUGCAUUCAGUACUGUUUAAUGUAGUUUGAACCAGAAAGAUACAAAUAUACAGUACUGUGCUUCAGAGACCACCCUUCAGUUAUUUAUUUGGCCAUCAAGUACACUUAUUAAUUUUCCAGGAGAUACAUUAAAUGCUACAAACGUAUUACGACACACCUCUUAAACAUUAAAUCCAGGUGUUUCAUUCAGUCCCAUUGCCACAUGUGUAUAAAAUAAAAGACCUAGCCAUGCAGUCUGCAUUCA